AUGGGCCUCUUCAAGCGCAACUCCAAAAACUCCGUGCAGAGCGACAGGGAUGAGCGGGAGUCCUUUGUCUCUGUCAACAGCGCCCGCACAUCCAACACCUCGCUGCGAUCGCCUGGAUACAAGGGCAGCGGCCUGCCGGCCUCCAUCCCCGAAGUGCCCAUUGCGAAACCGCCCGACCCGGCGUUGGACCCAGCCGCCUAUCUCCGCAGCAUCCACGCCGUGCGCGAACGCGCCAAUAUCGUCCUCGACACGGCCAAGCGCAACCAGCUGAACCACUUCGACGUCGAUAUGAGCAAGUUCCAGGCUACGGCUCAGUAUGUCGUCUCCAUUAUCAAGCGAGACUAUGCCCCCGACUAUCAAGACAUCCCCCCACAUGGCCGCUGGCAACACUUCGACGUCGGCGGCCGACCACGGAUUAACCAGCUCCUUCAGUCUUGGCCCAGUAGCAUUGACUCGCAAGAACGCACCCGCCGCCUAAUCGACUUGUUUGUAGUCUCCGUGCUGCUCGACGCUGCCGCCGGCACCAGAUGGUCGUACAAGUCCAAGGAGUCUGGCAAGGUGUACUCGCGCAGCGAGGGCCUGGCCGUCGCCAGCCUGGAGAUGUUCAAGUCCGGCCUUUUCAGCAGCGACCCUACGGAACCCUGCCAGGUGGAUGGGGCGGGCUUGAAGAAGGUCACGGUCGAAAAGUUGGCGAAGGGGAUGCAACAUUCGGACCAGAACCCGCUCGCUGGGAUUGAGGGGCGCACGGGGUUAUUAGUGCGCUUAUCGGAAGCGCUCAACCACCAGGACUUUUUCGGCGUGGAUGCACGACCGGGAAAUAUGCUAGAUUACCUGCUCUGUCACCCGUCGACACUCGCCUCUUCCGUACCCAUUAUCCCAAUCACGACUCUCUGGUCCGUCCUGAUGGACGGCUUCUCUUCUAUCUGGCCGUCCUCGCGGACUCAAAUCGACGGCGUGGCCAUCGGCGACGCCUGGUGGUGCUCAGACCUCCCGCGAUCCCCACCCGCCCAGGCGUGGGAGAGUAUUAUGCCCUUCCACAAACUCACCCAGUGGCUUUGCUACUCGAUCAUGGUACCCAUGUCGAGACUGAUGGCUAUUCACUUCGCCGGCAGCGACCUCUUAACGGGUCUCCCCGAGUAUCGCAAUGGCGGUCUCCUUGUCGACAUGGGUCUUUUGAGCCUCAAAGAUGAUGACAUGGAGCGUGGCCUCCAGUCGUUCAGGGAGAAUGCGCAGAUUAAGGGACAGCCUAAUAUGGAGGUCGUUCCUUUGUUCUCGACAGAUGACGAUGUCAUUGUGGAGUGGAGGGCGGUGACUGUCGGUUUCUUGGAUGAUUUACUCGAUGAGGUGAACAUCCAACUCGGACUCGCCGGCUCGGACGAACAGCUGACGCUGGCCCAGAUGCUAGAGGCUGGAACAUGGAAGGGUGGCCGUGAAAUCGCCGAGGUUUCCAGGCCAAACACCAAAGAGCCGCCCAUUAUGAUUCGUUCCGACGGCACGGUCUUCUAA